UUAUUCCGGAGCUUCCUGCCGGGUGUCGGAAGGCAAGCGAAAGAACGCGAACGCGAGCGAAACGAGCAACAACGAAAAAAGAAGGAAUAGUACCCAACACUUGAAUCGUUAUCGGUCUGACUAGCAGGAGCCGGACCUCUAGCUACAACAGUGCCUUAAGGAUUGUGGCGUCCGGCCAUUCAGUCGGAGCGAAGCCAUCGAACGGACGACAGGACGACUUGGGAGCAGUUGAGGCAGAGUUACAGUGAUAGUGUAAAAACGCAACGCACAACGGCCGUACCAGAACGACACCACAAUGGUGAAAUCCAUUUCGGAGAACCCGCAGGGUCAGUUCUCGGUGGAGGACUACACGGUGUUUGCGUUCAUGCUUGCCGUCUCCACCGCCAUCGGGGUGUACUUUGGGGUUUUCCAGCGGAAGAAAAACCAAACCACCGAAGAGUACCUGCUGGGCGGACGAAAGAUGAAGACGUUCCCGAUUGCGAUAUCUUUGAUCGCCAGUCAGCUGUCCGGGGUUUCCAUAAUGUCGGUUCCGGCGGAAAUGUACUCAUACGGUGCGCAGUACUGGAUUAUUGCACCGACAAUGCUGAUCAUCACGCUGAUCAUCAACUAUAUCUUCGUGCCGGUGUUCUACAGUAACCAGAUCACCAACUGCUACCAGUACCUGGAGGAUCGCUUCAGCCCGGCGGUGAAACAGUUCGUCACGUUUACGUACGUCCUUAACAUCUAUCUGGUGUUGCCAAUCUUCAUCUUCAUACCGGCGCUAGCAUUCUCGCAAGUCAGCUCCAUCAACAUCCAUCUGAUCAACGGGAUCGUGUGUGGGGUGUGCAUUUUCUACACGAUGCUCGGCGGCAUCAAGGCUGUGGUGUGGACCGACGUGGUACAGGGAAUGAUCAUGUUUGUGUCCUGCUUCCUGGUGGUAAUCAUCGGUGUGGUGAAGAUUGGGGGUCUGUCCACGGUAUUCGACCGUGCCGAUGCUGGUGAUCGAAUGGAAAUUUUCGAUAUGACGCUCGACACGACCACAAGGCAGACAUUUUGGACCGCCAGCAUUGGAAAUAUUUUCCUGUGGACCGGCUACCUAGGCCUCAGCCAGAGCUGUGUGCAGCGGAUAGUGGCCGUACCGAGCAUGCAACACGCCCGGUCCGCCCUGUGGAUCUUCUGCAUCGGUUUCAUCAUCAUAACGUCGCUGAACUGCUUCACUGGAAUCGUAAUGUUUGCCAAGUACUUUGACUGUGACCCCAUCAAAGUCGGAUUGGUGCAGAAGGCCGACAAGUUGCUGCCGUUCUUCGUGCAGGAUGUCGUCGGCAAUCUGAAAGGCAUGCCGGGCGUGUUCAUCUCCUGUGUCUUUAGCGCUGGUUUGAGCACGAUGUCGGCCAACCUAAACUCCCUGGCAGGUCUCAUCUACGAGGAUUACAUUAAGCCGUUCAAGCUGUUCAAGCACACGGAUGCCUCGGCCAACAUGACCAUGAAGUUACUAAUUUUCGUGAGCGGUGUGUACUGCAUUGCGAUGGGUUUGAUCGUGGAGCAGUUUGGCCAUUUGCUGCAGAUGGUCGUAACGAUCGCCAGUGUCACACAGGGAGCGGUGAUGGGCAUAUUCUGCCUCGGUAUGCUGUGGCCGUGGGCGAACAAGCACGGUGCUCUCUGGGGAUCGGCAUCGAGCGUCAUUGUCGUAUCGUGGAUUAUCUCCGGUGCCCAGAUGGCUAUCAGCAGCAAGCAACUCGCCUACCCGCCGAAGCCGACCAGUGUUGAGAAUUGCUACGAGUACGGAUUCAAUGUUACGGCGGACGAUUUCCCGCCGCACUCGUCGUCCCAGGGCAGUGGCGAGUUCUCGAUCUACAACAUCUCGUUCGUGUGGUACUCGACCGUUGGCACGCUAAUCGUGUUCCUGGUGGGCAUCCCGGUGAGCUACCUAACCGGAUCGCAGGAUAUGCGCAACUUUAAGCCAAAACUCAUUGCGCCACUCGCACAGUGGAUGCUUCCGGCAGAAGUUCGGCAGAGUGACUUUUCGCUCAAGGAAGAAAAUUGCAAAUCCAACACGGCGACCGUCAACACGUGGACAUUCACGUCUAAUGAACACCAGAAAUACAAGGAACGAGUGAUCGAGCAAUCACUGUGAAAUAGUACAUCCCGAUGCUGGCGCCUUUCACCUAACCGAUACGGCAGCUGUGCGGUGCAAUUCGAAUCAGGCGGCGGACAAGGAGCGCCAAGUUAGCUUCGAAGUGUCGGACACGCCACCGCCAAGUAUUAAUGUAGUAAACUAAUGAUUUUUAGGACGGUGUUAAAUGAGUUGUCGUCUCAUUGCCGCUUGUUUGUAGCGAAAUAAAAAUGUAGUGUGUACCGAAUGUA